AUGAGCGGGAGCGAAGAUGAGAUGAUGAUGGAGCUCGAGGAUGUCCCACAAAGGACCAAAAAAUUCACGUUCCGCUCAUAUGAAGCACAACUCAAGGAUGUCCAUGCACCUUCCAAAGUAGCGCCACUAAUUGCGGAGCAUAACAUAGAGCUCGCUAUCUGGAUCUAUGGCCAUGCUUCUGCAUCAUUGGGAGAGCUUGCAUCUCUCUGGAUUGAAGCGGUAAAUGCAUCAGACGAGGGACUCAAACCAAUGAUCGAGCUGUCGACCUUUUGGGAACAUUACUUGGGCUGCUCCCCCGAAAACUUCCCCAGAUUCACUCGAGUUGCUCCUGACAGCCCUCACAACUCACCUCAAAUAUCUCGUCGUUACCAAUCCAUCAUUGCUCGAGUCAUCUGGUCUUUGUUCCUCCAUGCGGCCACUGCGUCUACGCAACCUUCGCAUGUCCGAAUGCUUGCUGAGGUUUGGGGCCAUCUCCUGCGUAAACUCAAAAAGCCCGAAAAGGAGCAAGCUGCUCAAAUAUUAGUGGCAUCGCUGAACGACGCCCCUGAUUUCGGGGCUUGGUGUGUGGUCGAAGCAACUCGGGCCAAACAGGCACAGGGGAUCUACACAACCGCCACCGACAUAAUUGGUCCGAUUUUGGAUGCACACGUCGGAGGAUCGGAUGGGACAUAUGUGACCUUGAGGCGGGUGCUAACCGCCCUGAUGCACCAUUCCAAGACCGAAAGCUUUGCAGGGAUUGCAGGGAUAGUUGUUGCAGUAUUAGAAAGGGAGUUGACGGCGUUGGAGCUUGGGGCCAAGGGAAAAGGAAAAGCCAAGGAACAUGAUGAGGUCGUUAGUCUCCAGGAGGAAAGGUUGUUACGUGCAGUAGAAAUUGUUACUGCUAUGUGCGCGCGUACGGAAGGGUGGGAAACUUUCUCCAUCCUAACAACUGUGCCCCGCAUUUUUGCUUGCAUUGAAAAGUCUCGAGUGCGCUCGGAAUAUCGUGGAUUAAUUGCUGCCGCACUGAUGGCUGGGGAUAUGGGAUCUUGGAUCGGACCAGGGAGACAUGUUCUCGAUUGCGUCUGGAAAAACCCAUCGGAAGGGAUGCGGCUUUCCGCAAUAUUAUCUGAACUGGGGUGGGGAGGGUGGAAAUCGAUGAUACUGCAACAUGUUCUGAGGCGUACCCCCGAAACCCUAAAUGAUCGGCGAUCUCAGUGUCUCGCCACCCUGGCGGCUUUAUAUAAAGCUGGAAAUCUAGAAGUAGAUGCUGUAUGGACUGCACGAGUGGGUUCCGAUAUUGUUGACGGACUUCGCAAAUGGCGCAUCGACGACGAUGAAAAGGAUUUACUCAAUAUGUUAAUUUUGGCUCCUAUCCUACCUGGUGUGGCGCCAGCUAUUGCAAGAAUAGUUGCUUUGCUUCACGGUGGACAAACAAAUGAUUUGACCUUGGGCGCAAGCAUCAUAGCUCUGGUCGAGCUCGAGGGUGCAGAGGCCGCGUUUCAAAGCCAAAACAAGCUUACCCUCCUCGAUUUUGUUGAGCGCUGGUGGUGGAGUUCGAGUGUAAUGGGUGCUUUGCCUAAACUCCAAGUAUUACUUGCCUCUGUGACAACUGCCAUUCCCUUGGAUCGUCCUUCCUCAUCUACUUACACCACUCACAUCCCAUUCGCAUACUCUUCGCUCGGGUGCUCUCCAUAUUCUUGCUGGCCCUUGCAUUAUUCGUUCGCCGGCGCAAACCACGUCUCUCUCUCGGAUUAUUACCGCGGAACAAGUUCCCCUAACGGUCCAAAGUUCACGGAGCGGGUGGUGAACAUUGGAAAGUUGUUGAUGCGAGUGGAUCUAUCGAUGGUGAUAAUAUGCACAAAAUCGCUACUCGAUGGUUGGGCAAUUAAGAUUAACCUCCGGCCAUUAUGGUCACCAACGAUUCAGACUCUUGGGGUAUUGGCCUCGACGGGCGGAUAUGGAGAGGAAAUUUGGGAUGUUGUAUUCUCCGAGUUGGAAAAGGUCUGUCGGGAUCCUAGUGCGUUUGAACUGCGUUCUUCGAAACUGGACGAACAUAAUGAGUAUAAGGAUGAGAUGGAAAUCGACAAGGAGGCGAGCCGAAGUGAUGAAUGGAAGAGGAUGAGCGAACGUGGAGGUGUCCUAGCGCGAUCAAGUUUAUCAAAACGGUACAUAGGUGGGAAGGAGGCGCUAUUGUAUCACUGGAAGCUUGACUUGGCAAAUUAUGAGGCACAGCUUCUUCUGGCUCUUGGUGGCAUGCCAUAUCUCAUGGACAAACACACUCGUGCCCUGGUGCCCCUCUUCUUUGAGUAUGCAUCCCCCACCGCACCUUCAAGGCCCAUACGUUCAAAGACAACAUCUUGGCUCACACUACUCUCCAAGCUGAACACUAAAUGGCGCGAUGAGAUGACCGGCUUCAAUUUCGAUUCAUUGAAUGGAGAACUCAGAGCACGUGCGGUGGAGGUGACUGUUCGACUUUUGUACGGGACGAUGCUCGAGAAGAACAGGCGCGAUAAGAAGUCUGCAGUCCUUACUCUGCUUUCUGGAUGCUCAGCCAAAGAGUUAGGCACGCUUGUGCAGUUGAUGCUCGCACCGUUUGAAGAUUGCCUUGAUGGAGGACUAGAGAACGCACAUACUGUAGCCGGAGGAAAACAACGAAUCGGAUAUCUGACGUUCCUCGCCGAUGUACUCAAAACUUGGGUCCAAAGCUUCUCGAUUAUUGGCCACAGCUACUGUACGACUAUGGUACUUCUACGGGAUGCACAAGCCCAUUGCAAAUCAAGUAUUGUCCCUAUCGAGGAAGAGGUCGACGAAUCCGAGGAGCCCACUGAUGAGCAUGUCCUUCGUCAGGCUCGUUCCAUUCGUCAAAUUGGUCUGAAGCGGUUUAUUGAUUUCUUCCGUUCCGCUGCGGCCGAGGUACCGUUGUUGGCGCGCGAGAAUACGCAAGCACCGUCGGGUAUUUUAGACCUAUUUUACUUGGUCUAUGGAACCGCGUACGACCCUUUUCCUCGUCGAGUACGACUCAGACGUCCUUCCGCAAGUGUUCAGCUGCCUCACUGCCGUAAACGUCAAGCCCGCGGUAUAUCCAGGAUUUUUGAUAUCACAGAGGCACUUUUAGACCACUCCGAGGUUCAUCAAGACAUCAAAUCCCGAGUCAUCGAGCCUCAUACGUCCCAUCUUCUGGCGCAGCUCUCUGCAAUGGUCGAGCGGAGCAACGCACUCACAUCUACAACGGAUCUCGUCCAGCGCGACACGGCUUUUGUCACUCUUAUCUCCUAUGCUGCGUCGCCCGGCAAAGACGGUAUCGGAAAAGGUCAAGGUGGAUCUCCUGGGAAUCAUCAAGAGCACGUUGCCAACUCGACCGGUCGUGUCGCUCUCGUCGAAGUAUUCUCGCAGCUUGCAGAUCUCCACGAAAAAUUGGCUCCUAUUGCACAUAUAGUCACCGAGCUGAACGCUUAUUCUAUCAAACGCAUGGAAGAGCCCGAUUUUGAUCGUCGUUUGACGGCAUUCAGUUUGUUCAACGAGGAGGGCUACAAAUCACUCACCUGCGAACUGUGGCUACCUCUGAUCUACAACAUGCUCUUUUUCAUCCAGGAUCCUGAAGAACUUUCCAUUCGUAGCAUCUAUCCUGGACUUCGAUACGGUCUACGUUCCAAGUUCGAACUGGUUCGCACCGAAAUACUGAGUGUUAUUGCUCAUGCAGUCUCUCAUUCCAAUUUCUUCCUCAAUAUCUAUCACAUACAAACUCAUCGUCGAACUCGAGCCCUGCGUCGCCUGGCAGAUUUUUCCGAAAAUAUCCGAAGCACUACACUUUCCGAUCUAUUUAUGCCGCUUGUUGGACAGUUUGUUGAAUCUGUCGCAACCACAGAUCACCUACUUGUGAAUGAGGCGAUUACCACUCUUGGUCGGAUGGCCGCGCAACUAGUUUGGGGAUCAUACAACGCAGCUGUUCAGCACUACCUUCAUGGGGAGUCGGUAGAGGUCGAUAAACCUGAGGUCGAAGAGGUUGCAGAGUCUACUGAAAACGCCGAUGCAGAGGCAGAGGUCAAGGCCGAUAUUGAGCGCGAGGCAAAGAAAAUGGCUCGUAUUGAAGAGGCGGUCACAACACGGCUGCUCCCAAGCCUUCUGCAAUACCUUGAAAAGCGCGACGAAGCUGAAGAAGCUAUCCGUAUCCCUGUGGCGAUUGGAAUCGCACGCGUCACGAUGCAUCUCCCUGAGACAUAUCGAAGUCCUCAGAUCAGCAAGUUGAUUGUCGCGCUGAGCCAGAUCCUCCGAAGUAAAUCUCAGGACGUACGUGAUCUCACGAGAGACCCUGUGCAAGAUAGCGAUCAUUGUUGGACCGAGUCGCUAUCGUUAUUAAUCAAGGAGCUCAGGAGCGCACUAACUCGCGGCCCUCAAUUACACGUUCUGGCCUUUGUGACCCACUCUAUCCUGGUUCACGUCACCACUGGAGAUCAUGCCCCCGCUUCUCUGUACUGGAUGACUCUGUCCGAUAUUGCGCAUAUAUCCGCUGAAGUCGUCUUCGGACAAUCAGGAAAGGACGUCCAACUGAAGGGUUCAAAACCAAGAUGA